AUAGCUAUGGCGGACCCACACAGGGAGGGCCUUGUGUCCGUCUCGCCAGUAGAAGAUUACAACCCAUUGCAAGAUGAUUUUCCAAUGUCAGUUGAGGAAAAUGAUGCUGAUGGCAGUGAUGAUGAAUUUGACGAGGAUUCACCCUGUGUAUCAUUAGAUCCAGACAAUGAUCCAAAGUUUUAUGCAAUGAAAUACAGUAUAACACCCCCUACAGAUCCAAGGCGUAUGAAACGAGAAAAAAGUAAGCAUCAAUCUAAUACACUUCGGGUGUCACAGAAAGAACAUAGGGAAAAGAUUGAGAUGAGGAGGAAAACUCUGGGACGUGGCCCUGUGAAUGUGAUAAAGGAAAGAUAUGGCGGAGAUCAAAUGUUCUCAAUGCUCAGUGGUGUAGACUCGGAUGAUAAUCUUGAAAGAGAUGUUCCUGAGAAUGAGAAAGAAAAGAAAAAAAAAGAUAGUCGAGAAUCUAAAAAGAAGGUUCUGACAACAACAAGGGCCUAUGAUCGAACUUUAAAAAGAACUUCCAGUGAUUUAACAGCGCUAAAUACAGACACUGCUGAAGUUCCACUGUAUUCAACAAUUACUCGACCACUUGACAGUUCUGGACGAUUUUCUGGUCUGGGAAAACCAUCUCCUCUUACAUUAAGUGGCAGUGGGGUAUUCGGAUCUAUGGCUCUAGGUAUGAGCUGGGGGCGUGACUUCAGAAGGCAAUCAAUGGCAAAUGUGGAGUGCCCAAAAGAUCGUGUGGAAUUCUACAAGAUAUUCCAGGCUCUGAUCCACAUGGGGUCACAAGGAGGACGGAAGGAUAAGGAUACCAAAGGAAAAGACAAAAACAGUAACCCAUACUACCGAAGACAGAUGAGUACAGAACAGGAGCUGCUU